AUGUCAGUGGCAGAAUACAAGCAGAAAUUUACAGAAUUAUCACAGUAUGCUCUGCCGAUUAUUGCUGAGGAAAGAGAUAUAUGUAGGAAGUUUGAGCAAGGAUUGAGGAAAGAGAUUAGAACUCCGGUGACAUCUACGGCUAAUUGGGAUCUAGAAAGAGGAUCAAGACCCAAGGCCAUUGCAGUCAGCCGACCAGAGAUGCCACGAGCUGGUGAGUCUGUAGCCAGUACAGAUAGGAAACUAAUGUGCCCUAGUUAUGGCAAGAGGCAUCUUGGAGUGUGCUAUAGUGUAAGAGGGGUAUGUUUCCAAUGUAGUCAAGCAAAGCAUUUGAAGAGAGAUUGUCCCCAGGUGAACAAGGAAGCCCCAACAACACAGGUUAACCAAUCGAAGGGCACUGGAAAUCAAGGUAAAGGAUCAAGUGGUGCCAAGCAGAAGGGUGUCGUAGGUCGACCCCAACAGAAAGGGCGAGUACAGUUUGCUUAUGUUUUAUUCGACCCUGGUGCCACACAUUCAUUUAUAUCUAGCAUGUUUGCAUCUAGUAUAGAUAGGUUGUCUGAGCCUAUGUCUGAAGAGUUAUAUAUCUCUACCCCUAUAGGAGAUGAUUUUUAUGUUGAUUUACUUCCCUUGGAUUUGUUAGAGUUUGAUGCCAUCCUAGGGAUGGAUUUCCUAAGUAAAUAUCGUGCCUUAGUGGACUGUUACAAGAAAGAGGUCGUGUUCAGGAGAUCAAACAGCCAGGACGUAAUCCUGGUAGGAAGCAAAAGAUUAACUGUAGGAAGUAUGAUAUCAGCAGUGAAAGCUAAGAAGCUACUGAGCAAGGGAUGUAAGGCUUAUUGGGCUCAUGUUGUGAUUGCUCAUGAGAAAAAGCUGAAACCAGAAGAUGUUUUAGUGGUAAAUGAGUUCCUAGAUGUAUUUCUUGAGGAAUUAUCGAGAUUGCCACCCGAUAGAGAAUUGGAGUUCACUAUUGACUUAAUUCCAGGAACAACUCUCAUAUCAUAG